UCUUUCUCUGUGUAUAUUGAUAUGUAUAUAUGGAUACUUAUAGAUACUUAUAUACUUUUAUAUAUUUUUAUCUUAAUCUGUAUUUGUGCAGAAUGUUUAUAUUUGAUUUUCCUGUGCUUUAGCAAUGUAAAAUGUGUUUCAUCAUGCCAAUAAAGCUUCUUUGAAUCUUGAGAGGUAGGAAGAGAGAGCGCGCGCGAGAGAAGGGGGAUCUGCGUGAAGAGAGUGGGAGUGAUUCUAAAUGGAUCACGUGGGAUUUACAUCUAAGUACGCGGUGACGUCGGAGGGGUUCUGUCCGAGAGGAACGGCGUCAGACCGGGGCUCAUUUCAACAGCUGCUUCCCCUCCCACUAGCCCACCCCACACAUCAUUCGGAACCAUUGGCAGAAGAGAACGGAAAAAAAUAACCCCGGUUUCUGCUCCACUUCAGGGGCGUGUUCCGUCGGACCGGUCUCGGAGGGGCCUCUUGCAUCCGUUCACCGUUAUUCCGACGCGAAGAGACCGCGACAGCCACCACGCGCGCUCCACCGCUGUUUUUCCGCUGCUGCGCCGGAGAUGCCUCAGAUUGAUUGCAGACGCGCGCGGUGGAAUGUGAUGAAAUAGAACGUUGAGACGGUUGGAGUUCGUUAUUUUAAAUUCCAUUUUCCCGCCCCCCGCUGCUUGUUUAUUUAUUUGCGGGGAGAUCGCAGGCAUUCGAAUGCAUUGGCGAAAGAAACGGUGAAAGUAGCGGACUCGUUGACAGUACCUUAGACAUUUAAGGAUCCAGCACAAGGGGGAUGAAGCCCGAUAUGUAGCUUGCUACACCCCUGUGAGAUGGACGGUGGUAUCUUGCUGCACAAAUUCAAAGAUGGGAAACGAGGAGCGUAAGUUCUUGUGAGUGACACGGGAGGAACUGAAGAGGGUUUUUCGUCGUUUCUUGGUGGUGCUGGAGGUAAUGAUGGCGCGCGGUGCGGGUCGGCAGACGGCGCGCGCAUCUUUCCACUCUUCCACAGAGUGAGAUCACAGAGGCAUCAGUUUGAGGAAGCAGACGUCCUUCAGAAGGGAACUGCCCCGAAGCAUGAUCGCCUGUCACUGGGGAGGGUCAGAGAAACGCAUUUCCGCAACUCCCAUAGUCAGUUUGUCAUCCCCCUCAUAGGUCCACCUAGGGUCCUGCACACACCCAUCUGCCAGCUCAGAUAACCCUCAGGCUGUUUGCGACACAUGUUUGAUGUGAUUGGUUGUGACCGCCGUGCUUUGCUAAGCAGCCCCGCUUUACAUCAUGCAGUGGCGUCGGCGACACUGCUGCCCCAUCAAGAUGACCUGGAAUGUCAAGCGGUCGCUCUUCCGCACACAUGUAGCAGGCCUCCUCUCGCUGGCCUCACUCUUCGCCCUCUUCCUCAUCUACUGCCACCAGGACCUGCUGCAAGGCCGGAGCUGGUUGCGAGACAACCCCCUGGUUUACACCAUGCGGGGUCUGCGUCCCCACAAGGAACGCGCGAAGGGAAACCAAAGCUCGUUGCGAAGCCUCUGGAAAGACAAUGCGUACGUGCUGCCCAAACCAUCUGUUAACUUCAAUUUUAGUUCUCAACAGGUAGAGAUCACUGCACGGGGAAUAGAGGGGUUGGAGACCUCGGCGAGCGCCAACAACACGGACAUCAACGGCAACACCAAGAGCUUGCACAGGGAAAUGGGAGUGGGAGGUCGGCUGGCAGCCCAGCCUUAUCACUGGGUGCUUAAUGAACCGUACAAAUGCAACGACAGCGGGCCCUUCCUGGUUUUGCUAAUUGCAGCAGAACCGAGACAGUUGGAGGCCAGAAAUGCCAUCAGGCAGACCUGGGGGAAUGAAAGCGUGGCUAUGGGUUAUGGGUUUGUACGCCUCUUCCUGCUUGGAGUGGGAAAGAGACCCGAUGUGUAUCCUCAGAGCUCCAUCGAAGACGAGAGCACGCAGUACCGUGACAUCAUCCAGCAGGACUUCAUGGACACCUAUUACAACCUCACCAUCAAGACGCUCAUGGCCAUGAGCUGGGUGGCUCAGUAUUGUCCGCACGCCCGUUACGUCAUGAAGACAGACAGCGACAUGUUCGUCAACACCGAAUAUCUCAUUCAAAAACUGCUAAAGCCUAACACGGCGCCUCGGCAAAAUUACUUCACAGGCUACCUAAUGAGAGGCUACGCUCCCAACCGCAACAAAGACAGCAAAUGGUACAUGCCGCCUGAGUUGUAUUCUAGCGAGAGGUAUCCUAUAUUUUGUUCGGGAACAGGUUACGUGUUCUCGGGGGACAUGGCGGGGAAAAUCUACAAUGCUUCGUUGAGUAUCCGGCGUCUUCACCUCGAAGACGUGUAUGUGGGGAUCUGCCUUGCGAAACUGCGGAUCGACCCGGUGCCACCACCGAACGAGUUUCUCUUCAACCAUUGGAGAGUGUCCUACUCCAGCUGCAAAUACAGUCACCUGAUCACCUCCCACCAAUUCCAGCCCAAUGAACUCAUGAAGUACUGGAAUCACUUGCAAAGCAACAAGCACAAUCCUUGCCUUAACAUGGCCAAGGACAAGAGCGGGCGGCCGCGGCAUAGGAAGUUGCAGUGGGAGGGGCUUCGGUGAUUGGCCAGGGCUCAGGGGUGCUGUAGCAUUACCACAGCAUGUGUACGGGAUAGGGAACAGCACAGUGUUUUUGGUAUUGUCAAUUAAAACUAUUUUUUUAUUUUAAAAGAAAUGUUAUGUAUUGUAAACCUGUUGCAAUCUUUUUAAGAUGGAAGCUUUGUGCAUAUAGCAUGCACAACAGAAAGGAAACGAUGGUGACAUCACCAUUUUCAGGUGCCAAUUAAAUGAGAGGUUGUCAAAUUUCCUCCUCAAGCGAAGGGCCAAUUUUAAUGAGAUCCUCACUGUUUCUGUAUAAAAAUGGGGAAUAUCAUAUGGUGGUGUAUCUGUACUGUGACACUUUUCAUUGAUUCUCAGAUAUGUCCACCCUUGGCAUUAUGAGAAGAUGUUUGUUUUUAUAUCUACCUAAGACCUGCAAAUGGUUAACAGUAAACAAACCAAAAUAAAACAUGUGUAACUGAAAGAAUAUAUAUGAAACUUGCAGCAUAGAUGUCAGAUAUGAUUAAAAUAAUAUUUUUCAAAGCUUUACAUUGACUAAAUACUGUAUACAGGUCUGCCCCUGUUGAAGGCGCAGGUAAAACUAUUUAUUAAAUGUAUUUCU